CAGCACAGGCUCAAUUCCGGCUGUCCCACCAGCCCACCAGCCACGGUAGAGAGCCCCACGGAUCUCUGUCUGGCCGUAGGCAAAAAUCCCGAGGCACAGUAGGGGUUGGCUCUGUGCUCGGAAAAGAAAAGAAGAGAGAGAGAGAGAGAGAGAGAAAGGGAGAGAGAAAAGCCCCGGAUCCGAGAUUAGAUUCCGCCUUGGGCUGCAUCACGACGCAUUCCUGGUUCGAGCGUCUCUGGCCACUGGCCUCUGGUAUUUGGCCAGCUGCUUCGUUUUCCCCUCCCCUCCUCAGCCCGGACUAUCCUACUUAGAAGCCAAAAUCAUGCCUCUCGAGACAAUAUACGUCGUUCGCCAUGGGUUUCGGUCUAGUUGGUCCGUCGACCACACCACGGGAGUGUACUCAGCUUCCAUCCCGUCACCAACAGGAAUCGCUGUGGACCCGGCCCUCACCGCCCAUGGAGUUGAUCAGUCAAGAGAGCUUGGGCGUCACCUCAUGACGCUGGAUCCUCCCGUAGAGGCUGUAUACUCGAGCCCGUAUUACCGGUGUCUUCAGACCAUUACCCCGUUUGUUGAGCUUCAGCAACAAAAACAGGCCAAUGGCGACGUUCUGGGCAGUGGUUCCCCCUCUGCCACCACGAUAAUACGUCCUGAGCACGGACUCUGCGAGUGGUUUGGGUCAGCACCUUUUGAGCAUCCCGGCCCAGCCUCACCCUCAGUCUUGAAAUCCUUGUUCCCUGCCUUUGACGAGAGCUACGUGUCGGCCAAGCAUCCUCCAAAGAGGGGCGAGACGCUGGCUCAGCUGCAGGCCCGGCUUACGGCCACGAUGCAGAGUAUCAUUGAUCGCUGCGACGCUGAAGAUAGGCGAGCCGUUGUUCUGUGUACUCACGCGGCCGUGGUCAUUACGUUGGGUCGUAUUCUCACAGGAUGCUUCCCUGAAACAGUCGACACGGACGAUUUCCGUGCAUUUACGUGCGGAGUGAGUGUCUACCGCCGGAAACUUAUCAAUCAGGAUGGUCAUGGGCCGCAAGUAACGAGGAAUUUGACUGCGAAAGAGCCCGGCCUUAAAGUUGUUGGAGGUUGGACGUGUGAGGCCAACAGCGACUGCAGCUUUUUGACUGGUGGCGAAGAACGAGGCUGGAAGUUUGUGGGAGAUGAAGAGUUUCCAGACACAGGCUCCAUGUCUAAUGAUGCAUCUGAGCCCAAGCUAUAGCACGAUGUCUUUAGGCCCCUAAAUCUACAAGUAGGGGAGAUAGAAGAUGAUGUAAUUGCAUUUGCGAAGCAAGAAGAACCAUGUACAGAGUAUGAAUAGACCAUUACAUAGGUAGAUAGACCAACGGCGGAAGGCAGAGGUUAGCAGUUGUCGAAAGUAGGUAUUAUUAGAUUUCGUCAUCAGGAGCUCGCCGCGUGGCAAACUGCUCCAAGGGCA